AUGUAUCAGUUGGGUUACGAUGAGGAGGAUCCGCAAGGGGUGAGUGACUCAUCCUCCUCCUCUGACUCGUCGAUAAUAAGCGCGUCGGAGAUUGACAAGGAGAUUGCGGCCCAUGAAAUAGAGCAGGGGAAGCGAGACGAAGGGGAGGGACAAGAUACGGAGAGGGGACCGGACAUGGAGAGGAGACAAGAUGGUUUAUACUUUGGUCAGCAGGAGGAUGAGGGCUACGAAGUGGGUAUGGAGAUGCUCAGUUUGGAAGAGUUUAAGGCAGGUUCAUUGGACGAGGCAAAGGAGCUGAUUUUGGCAGCGGGCCGGCGAGAUUCCGAGCACAGUCUGAGACCGCCGUUGGCGGCCAACCCCGCGGAGGUAAUAGUCGUUACUACUUCGUUGCGAGGUGCGGUACACAGCUACUUUGAUUCUGUGCGAAUGAUGCAUUUCUUGAAUUGUAAGAGCUUGUUGUGGUAUUGUUUGGAUACCAAUAAAGACGUGAUUAGUAGUCGGAAUCUCGACAGCUCCCGACUUCUACAGGAAUGGCAGGACCGCGGGGUCCUUAAGGUAACCGUCGAGGGCAAGAUCAGUGUGCCACAGUGCAUUAUCGACGGAGUCAGCGUCGGAGAUGAUAUUGACCUACUCGCACUCGAACAGGACCAGGAUCUGGACCAUAUCGUAAAUAGAGACCGCUGCCCAAAGUGUUUAGAAGACAGGGACAGACAGGCAGCACAAUGCUACUACUGCAAUAUACCCUAUAAGCCCCUCAUCAAUACUGCCAGCGACAAAGUCAUCAGAGUUUUCGCGUGGGAAGAAGUUGGAAAAGACUUUGAACCCGGACAAUACACACCACCGGGGAACCACUUGACAUUCCGAUCACUAGAUGAACUCAAGUAA